UUGGGUGGCGAGGCUGCCGCUGUGCAGAGUGAGGAGCAGUCAGCCUAGCGAGCUUCCGAUUACAAAAUGGCAAACUUUUUUGCAUCGAGGACCUUCACUGCACUGUCAGAUCUGCAUCCAAAUAUGGCUAAUCUGAAAAUAAUCGGUAUAGUUAUUGGGAAAACAGAUGUCAAAAGCUUUCCAGACAGAAAAAAUAUUGGAUCAGAAAGGUACACUUUCAGCUUCACACUUCGGGAUUCACCAACCUGUUUUGUAAAUGCAGCCUCCUGGGGCAAUGAAGAUUACAUCAAGUCACUUUCUGACAGUUUUAGGGUUGGCGAGUGUGUGAUAAUUGAAAAUCCCCUGAUCCAAAGAAAGGAAAUAGAAAGAGAAGAAAAAUUCAGCCCUACCACUCCUAGCAACUGUAAACUAUUGCUUAGUGAGAAUCACUCAACGGUAAAAGUUUGUUCCAGUUGUGAAGUGGACACCAAGUUACUUUCUUUGAUACAUGUACCAGUUAAAGAGUCUUGUGAUUAUUAUUCACUGGGUGACAUUGUUGCAAAUGGACAGAGUCUUGAUGGAAAGAUUAUUAACGUGCUUGCAGCUGUCAGGUCGGUUGGGGAGCUAAAGCACUUUACAACUUCAGACCGAAGGAAAGGCCAGAGGUGUGAAGUUAAACUCUACGAUGAAACAGAGUCUUCUUUUUCAAUGAUAUGUUGGGAUAAUGAAUCCAUUCUACUUGCACAGAACUGGAUGCCACAAGCAACAGUAAUAUUUGCCUCAGAUGUAAGAAUAAGUUUUGACAAAUUUCGGAACUGCAUGACAGCAACUGUAAUCUCAAAAACCAUUAUUACAACUAAUCCAGAUACACCAGAAGCUAAUAUCUUACUGCAUUUUAUAAGAGAAAAUAAAGACAUAAAUGUUCUAGAUGAUGCAAUUGACAGUUAUUUAAAAGAUUCCAUAAAUUUGAAUACAAUAGUUGAUGUCUAUACAGUUGAACAAUUAAAGGCAAAAGCUCUGAAGAAUGAAGGAAAAGCUGAUCCUUUUUAUGGAAUUCUUUAUGCUUACAUUUCUACACUGAACAUUGAUGAUGAACCUACAAAAGUAGUUCGAAAUAGAUGUUCCAGCUGCGGUUACAUUGUAAAUGAAGCAUCUAACACUUGUACAACUUGCAACAAAGAUUCAGCAAAAUUUAAGUCUGUUUUUCUCAGCUUUGACAUGCUAAUUGAUCUUACUGAUCACACAGGUACCCUUAAUUCCUGUAGUCUCACAGGAAGUGUUGCUGAGGAGACAUUGGGCUGCACGUUUGUUUUAUCACACAGAGCAAGGAGUGGAUUGAAAAUUACCAUACUCUCCUGCAAACUUGCCGAUCCCAUUGAGGCAAGCAGAAACUUGUCUGGACAAGGGCAUGUUUAAAAUUAUCUAUCAUUUGAGACUCUGGAAAAGUAUAGGAGUUUUAACUUCCUUUAAAAUGGAAUAUUACUUUGAAAAUUAUGGGCAAAAUUGUAUUGUAUUUAUAUGCAGCAAAAUAUUUCUAUAAAUUAUUAUAAUAUGUUUCCUCGUGGAGCUGGUUUGGGGACAAGGCUGAAAGCAUCUCUCUCACUUGAGCUCACCUCUUAGAAGGCCUUUCUAUUGGCUUUGCCAUGUCUCC